CAUACAACCUGACGGGAUGUUACAACCUGCGAUGCGGUGGCUUUGUACAAACCAGUCGCGCAAUUGUGGUUGAAGGCGCAAUCUCUCCUACGUCUGUUGUCGGAGGCACUCAAGUUGAGCUGACUGUUAAGAUAUGGAAGGUUCGAAUUUACUUUAUUUUUGUUUUAAUUAUUACAUAAUUGUAAAUUAAUCAAAAUUACGUAAACACGAUUGUAGGAUCAAAGGCUCGGGAGUUGGUGGAUGGGUGUCGGGCUUGGACAUGUCGGCGUCCUCGAGCCGGUCGGAUAUUGGCCGGCCUUUCUUUUCAACCUUCAAACUGAUUACGCAGCUAGAGUGGAGUGGGGUGGCGAGAUAACGAACAAACACACUUACGGCCGCCACACGACAACCCAAAUGGGAUCCGGCUAUCUUCCGGACAGCGGUUUUGGAAAAGCCGCUUAUAUCUGCAACAUAGAAGUUGCACUAUCCGAAAAUGAUUUCCAGCCACUUCAAAAUCUCACAGUAGGAGGAAGUCACCCCGAUUACUACGGCGCCAAGAAGUCCAACAACCCUGAACUUGGGACGCAUUUUUACUAUGGGGGACCGGAGCAGCUUUACCCGGGACAUGCGACUGCAAUUCAUCUUACUUGGGACUCGAGUCUUCUAUACCUAUGUUUCUGCUUGUUAUUGCUUGUUUAGUCUUUUAUCUUGUGACUUAAAAUGGUAUUUUGAAAAAACUCGGCAGUGUUUGGAUUUUGUACUUGCUAAAGCUUAAAUUUGAUUGGUGUUUCCAACAAUGUGAAGUUACUCCAUCAUUUAUCUUCUAAAUGCAUUUAUUCUUCUCUAGUUCACUCUUCCUAAGACGGCAAGACAGAUUAUACAAGUCGUGGAAGCUUCUCCAUCAAAUGCAAUGGACACACGAACAUCUAUAAAUUUUAGUCUAUGUCGAAAUCUAGACUAAAAAAAAUUGAGACAUAA